AGGGUUGGAAAUCCUGGAACUUGCGCCUACCUCCUCUGGCCGAGCCUGAGCUGCCGCUCCCAUCGCUCUUCCUCUUUCCGGGGAAGGAGGGAGCUUUCCGGAGGCCUCCGGGAAGCAGCGGGCAGCGUGAUCCUUCCCAAGCGCCAGGCUUCAGAAAGCUCAUCCUCUCCCGCUUGCCUGGAAACUGCCGGCAAUCCGCAGAGCAGAGUGAUGGAGACCUCCUGGCUGGAGAUGCGCUGGACAAGGUCCUUUUACCUGGUGUUCGUGUUAUUCCUGACCCUACUGCUGCUGCAGGCCAUCAAGCUCUACCUGCGGAGGCAGCAGCUGCAGCGAGUUCUGCGCGCCUUCCCAGGUCCAUCCCCCCACUGGUUAACGGGCCACCAGAAGUUAUUUCAGGAUGGUGAUUUCGAGACACUUGAGGAGUUUGUGAAAAAAUACCCGUGUGCCUUUCCUGCCUGGAUUGGGCCCUUUGAGGCAUUUUUCCAAAUCUAUGACCCAGACUAUGCAAAGACAUUUCUGAACAGAACAGAUCCCAAGUCCCAGUACUUAUACAAGUUCUUGGUUCCAUUACUCGGAGAAGGACUACUGAGUCUACAUGGAAUCAGGUGGUUCCAGCACCGGCGCCUAAUAACUCCUGUAUUCAAUUUUAACACCCUGAAAUCCCACACCAGCAUGAUGGCCCAGUCUAUAAACACAAUGCUGGAUAAAUGGGAGAAGAUUUGCGGCACUCAGGAAUCAGUUUUGGAGGUCUUUGAGGACAUCAGCUUGAUGAGCCUGGACAUACUCAUGAGAUGUACUUUCAGCCGGGAGUCCAACUGCCAGAUAAACAGUACCCAUGAUAAUUAUAUUAAAGGGAUAUGUGAAGGCUGUGAAAUCAUCUAUAAGCGCAUGUUCAGUUUCUUACAUCACCAUGACAUGAUUUUCAAAUUCAGCUCUAAGAAGCGCCGCUUACAGAAGAUAGUCAACAAUUUGUAUCAGUACACAGACCAGAUAAUCCAGGAGAGAAGGAAAGCCCUCAAGGACGAGAAGGAGCAUGGUAAAACUGACAAUAGGAAGUAUCGGGAUUUUCUGGAUAUUUUACUUUCUGCCCAGGCUGAACAUGACAACAGCUUCUCAGAUGCUGACCUGCAUGCUGAGGUGAACACAUUCAUGGUGGCAGGGCAAGACACCGUAGCAGGAAGCCUUUCCUGGCUCCUCUACAACCUGGCUCAGAACCCUGAGCAUCAGGAGAGAUGCCGGGAGGAGAUCAGGGGCAUCCUGGGGGAUGGAUCUUCCAUCACCUGGGACCAGCUGUGUGAGAUGACAUAUACUACAAUGUGUAUCAAGGAGACUCUCCGAUUGUACCCUACAGUCAUAUCUAUUUCCAGACAACUCAGCAAGCCCAUUACCUUCCCCGAUGGACGCUCCUUGCCUGCAGGAAUUACUGUGACUCUCAAUAUUUGGGGUCUUCACCACAACCCUGCCGUCUGGGAAAACCCCAAGGUCUUUGAUCCCUUGAGGUUCUCUCCAGAUAAUCAAAAUAAGAGACACAACUACUCCUUCCUACCAUUCUCAGCUGGACCAAGGAACUGCAUCGGGCAGCACUUCGCCAUGAUUGAAUUAAAGAUGGCCAUUGCCAUGAUUCUGCUUCGCUUCAAGAUUACGCCCGACCCCACCAGGCCACUUACCUUAGUACCCAAGAUUCUCCUCAAACCCAAGAAUGGGCUCUACUUGUCCUUGAAAAAAAUUUCCUAAUGUUUAGAGCCCAGGCUAGAAUGAUUAUAAAAUUUGAUUUAAAAUUAAAUUACUACUAAUGGUUCAAGAACAUGGAGAGGAAUCGAAGUAUGGUGGGAAGGUCACGGGUAGGUGCGAUAGGGGUCUCUGUGGAGCUGCAUAUUAUCCAAAAACAUUCCUAGGUGAUAUAGGGUGUCACUUAGAUCUGUUUCUAUAUGAUUUAGGGAGAUUUUCCUAUCUUUUCUGUUUGAUUUUGGCUACUAUUAAUGCUGUAUACCAAGGAGUGUGCUAAGAGGCUUCCAUACAUCUUCUGUUGUUUUUUUAAAUAGUUUUCAGAAUGACACAGUAACACGUGAAUGUGUUCUCACUAUAAAAGAUUUCCAACACUAGAAAAAUCAUGUAGAGUAAAAAGUAAAAAUCCAUUUUGCAUAGCACAACCCUCCCUGCCCUGGCCAAUCCUGCUGCUUUUUCUAAAAACAGAAUAGUUUGGUGUGCAUUCUUUCGAACAUUUUCCUAUACAUUUCAUAUGUGCAUUUGUAUGGGAUCAUAUCCAUAUUGUUCUUGCUUUUUAUCACUUAAUAAAAAUAAAUCUCAUUCCCAAUCCUG